AUGAAGUACAAGAAGGACCAGAAGUCCAAGGGCCUGAGCUCCAGCUCAGGGGGCCCGUCCCCCACCGGCUCCCCCCCCCUCACCAUGCAGUCCACCGCCGGCUUCCUCAACUCCAUGCACCCCAUGAGCGGGGGCUACGACGCCCCGUCCCCCCCCUCCUUCAACAAGCACCAGGGAGUGUCCUACUCCAUGUCCACUGCCUACUCCAACGUCCCCAUGAAGGGCUGCCCCCCCCAGCAGAAGUACGGGGCCCCGGACCCCGACUACGACCCUCACCACGGAUUAGUACAGAGCAACAGCGGCGGCUACGGCACGCCGAGCAUGCAGGCCAGCCCGGUGUACGUGCAGGGAGGGGGCUACGUCCAGGAGCCCAUGGGGGGUCCGGGCCCUCCAAUAAUCUCGAAAUGA